AUGGAAUCGCUGGACGAGUGGGACACACGUGUGGACCGCAUCAUCAAGCUGCCGGUGGGAAAAGCGCUAAUAGAGAAGGACAACUUAGACCAGAUAGCGGUAGACAUGGACGACGGAGCGAGGUGGUACCGGGAGAUUUAUGAGAUCUUUGACGUGACAUCGGUGCCACCACGUCAGUUCAUCUGUCACGAUUUGGCACCGUACCACGAACCGAAACCCGAUUCACCUGACCAGGUGUUCGAGUACAAGGACUUCCUGAGCUACCUGGGCAUACUGCAAACUCUGCCUUUGGACACCUUGCAGCGCCUCGAAAAGCCCCUCUGA